AUGCAACUGUCACGGGGUGAUGACGUUCCAAUUAGAAUAUGGAGUCGAAGCGACGAAGAAGCAAGAGCAUUCUCAAUAAGAAUCACGAAUGCAGAUGAUCAUGCAACAGAGAUAUACAAGGACCAAGAUCUCUACCUCGCAGCCAAGAAUGGCAAUCUUGAUGAAUUCACAGCACUUCUCCAACAAAUUUCCACAUCAAACCACAUCAACUUUCAUGAUAUCUUAACUAGAUCCACUCCUAUUGGAAACACAUUCCUUCAUGUAGCAGCCAAGCAUGGCAGGCUUAACAUAGCCAACUUCAUAGCUGCAACCCAACCCUACCUGGCCUUGUCCAACAAUUUCUAUGGAGAAACCCCUCUGCAUCUUGCUGCUAAAUCCGGACAGGUAUCAAUGGUGGAAGCCUUGGUCAGAGUCCAUCUGCACCACCAACUUGACGACGAAGAAGCCACUCUUCUACGCGCGAAGAACAAGAGAGGCAACACUGCAUUGCAUGAAGCUUUGUUGAGCUUCCUGGAGAAUAAGAGAGGGAAAGCAUCCCUUCAUGGAUCCUGGAUUAAGAUUUCUGAAUGUUUGAUUCUCAACGAUCCUCAUCUAUCGUAUUGUACCAACAAGGAUGAAGAAUCUACCUUGUAUUUGGCUGCAAAAGCCGGUCUUAAAGAUUGUGUAUCUUUGAUUCUUCGUCUCUUGCCAGAUCAAGAAUGCUUGAAUGACCACUUCAAGAAGAAAUCUCCUAUUGAAGCAGCAAUCCAGGGGAAUCACAAAGAUGUUUUAGAAGCAAUGCUUGACGCGAACCGGAGCCUCUUCCAUCUAAGAGACGAAAACGGCAGAAAUCCUCUUCACCACGCGGCCGAUUAUGGCUACCUCGAAGGCGUGAAUCUGCUGCGCAUCCGCUUCCCUGAAAUGGCAACUCAGAGAGACAAAAGUGGCUCAUUCCCAAUCCUUGUAGCCUCAAGUGAAGGCCAUGUGGACGUCGUCGAGGUUAUGCUUCAGGACCUGCCCGAUCCAGCCGAGGUGCUCGACACAGAUGGGCGAAACAUCCUGCACCUCGCGGCCAGGCACGGGAGGACUAAUGUGGUCCGUUCUGUUCUCAUGAACCGCCAUCUCUGCGAGCUCAUAAACAUGACAGAUGAGGCCGGGAACACUCCCCUGCAUCUGGCCACCAGACACUGGCACCCCAUGGUGGUCAGAGACUUCACCUGGGACAAGAGAGUCAACGUCGCCAUAAUCAACGACGACGGGAUGACAGCUCUCGACGUCGCCGAGUACCACAUGCAGCUCAAGGAUUUCCAGAACAUCCAGUACCUGACUUGGACUGCACUGAUGGCAGCCAGCACGCCACGGGCACUGACAGGCAACACCUUAGGCACAACCAAGACGCACCGGAUAGACGCGUUCGAGCGCCAGGUGAACUUCCUCCUGCUCGUGUCAAUACUAAUAGCCACGGUGACGUACGCAGCAGGGUUCACGGUGCCGGGAGGGUACAACAGCUCGGACGACGACCACAACAACACGCCGGGGCUGGCGACGAUGCUGAGGCACAUGGCGUUCCAGGUGUUCGUCCUGACGGAUGUGCUGGCCAUGUACAGCGCCCUCACGGCCGCGGUGGUGCUCGGGUGGGCACUGUCGUUCGACUUCGUGCUGGUGGUGAAGGCUCUGCAUCUGGCGCUGCCGCUCUUCGGGGGAGCUCUGAUGAUGAUGUGCAUCGCCUUCACUGCGGGGAUAUACCUGGUUGUGCACGAUGUUUGGUGGCUCAGAACAGGACCAAAUCUGACUACUUUAUUUUGUUAUAAAAUGGAGUAGUCAAUAUUUAU